AUGACAGACCCCAUUGAUGAUAACUCAACCGAGAAUUUUUCUCAGGUUCCCACCACGUCCAGCAGUGGUAGCGGUUCGAAAAGAAGUCGAAAGAAUAGGACUACAGAGUUGCAAGGUCUUUUAGAUGAGGCCAACAAGUACAAUUCUCAUUAUGAGUAUGAUAUGCCUAGAGGUUUUUUACGUGAUAAAAGUUCAAAAGAGGAUGUUAUACAGGAAGAAGAAACCGAAGACUCUAAGGAAUCACUUGUACCGAGGAAAAAAUCAAAGGGAGGUCGACCCAGGAAAAAUGAUAUCAAUCGUCAGAAUGGGACUAAAAGAUCAAUACCGUCUCCGCAGACUUUGAUUGAGGAGCCUGCGCCGAAGAAGAAGUCCGGAAGAGUUCGUUCUAGGAAAACGGACACCGGUCAUCGCCAGGAUAGUACUGGUUCAUUGACUCCUAUGACACCUUCAAGCCAAGGCAGUGAAGAUACUAAUACAGCAGUGACAGCACAUUUGGAUGACUCAAGGGUACGCAAUCAGGAAAAGCAAAACGGUGUCGAUAAUACGUUUACCAAUUGGAAUGCAAGCACUAACGAUGUUCGGUUCGAUAUUAUAGAUUUAGAAUACAUCAAGUCACAUACCUAUUUUGAAGGUGAACCAACGCCAUCUACCGUUCUAACUGCUAAGCGUCGUGAAAAGUCUACGGAAGUAAUUACCGUUAAGCUUCAAUCUGUGCUGUUUGAAAAUUACCAAGAGGAGUACGAUAUCUGUUUUACAAAGGACCUCAAUGUCUACAAUCCAAUGAGUGAAAUUGGUAAGAUUGUGGAAUACAUGGCGGCAAUAUUUUUACCACUGCAACCUGCUACCAAAGUGCAACGCGAAGUGAUACCGCCGAUGAAUAGGGCAUUUGAUGAGGAGGAUAUUCACACAUUUGUACAAAUGGUGGAAAAAUACAACGAAAUAGUGUUAUCGGUAACACGACAAGAGACCAUUGAUCACCUCUCUACCGUGAAACGUAUACCAUCUAUUUUCAUUCAUGAUUUUUUACACAUGGUUUACACAAGAAGUAUUUUCCCUCAGUGCAGAAGGUUAAAACAGUAUGAAGCGUUUAGCAACUACGUGUAUGGAGAGUUGUUACCAGGGUUUCUUACGGAGGCAUUUGUCAAAUGUCAAUUGAACCCAAAUCAAUUGUUCAUGGAUUUAGGUUCUGGUGUUGGUAACUGCGUGGUUCAAGCAGCGUUGGAAUGCGGGUGUGGUCUAAGUUUUGGAUGUGAAAUUAUGCCUAAUGCUAGUGAUUUAACUGAAGCUCAGUAUAAGGAAUUAGUUCAAAGAUGUAAAUUGUUUGGAUUAAAGUUGCCAUCAAUUGAAUAUUCCUUGAGACAGAGUUUUAUCGACAAUAAACGUGUUGAUGAAUUAAUUCCACAGUGUGACGUUCUAUUGAUUAACAAUUUUUUAUUUGACUCUGACAUGAAUCUACAAGUAGAAAAAUUGAUUCAAAAUGCAAAAGUGGGUUGUAAAAUUAUAACUUUAAAAAAUUUAAGGGCUUCUGGAUACACCAUCAAUUUUUACAACCUGGAAAGUAUACUAAAUCGGCUCCGUGUAGAAAGGUUCGAAUUGAAGGAGGACAGCGUUUCCUGGACCCAUUCGGGUGGUGAAUACUACAUUUCUACGGUUAUGGAAACUAUGGACGAAUCUUUGUUUGAUCCGAGUUUAAGACAGAGAAGUACCAGAAGACCAACACGAUAUACACGAUAA